AUGCUGGAAACUCCCUCUAGUGUCCAUGAGAAAUUGACGUCAGUGCGCUCGAGCCCUUGUAGAUCACUUUCUGCCUCGACUCGUGUCCCAAUUGCUCAAGUGAGCUUUGUUCCUAUUAGAGCUAUACAUGCAAGUGGAAUCAGACUCGCGGACGUUAUCGUUGUGAAAGGUCCAGACUUUGCGGAAUCUAUCUCUGAGGGAGAUAUCCGAUGGAUCAAAAAAGUGGGAGAUUUUGUGAAGGAAGAUGAACUAGUCGCCGAGAUUGAAACUGACAAGACAUCUGUUGAAGUGCCAGCACCGCAAUCUGGAACUAUUGUGGAAUUGCUAGUAGAAGAUGGUGCCAAAGUCACAGCAAAACAAGAGAUUUACAAACUUGAACCUGGGACAGCUGGUGCUAGCGCCCCUGCCAAAGAAGCCCCGAAAGCUGCUGAAGAAUCCAAAGAAGCAGCGAAACCACCGCCACCGAAGGAAGAGGCCAAGCCAGCUGCGGCCCCACCACCUCCAUCGCAAGCCCCUCCACCACCACCACCGCGACCUGCGCCCAGCGUUUCAGGAGACAUCCCAAAAAGUCCACCACCAGUUUCACGUCCUCCACCUGCACCAAUGAGCUCUACGCCUGUGAGCAGUAUCCCAGUUCAGCGUAUAAAUCUCCCAGCAGGUGCAUCUCCCGAAUUAGCCAUUACUGGAGCAAGGGAAGAAAUCCGCGUGAAAAUGAAUCGGAUGCGAUUGCGUAUUGCUGCCCGAUUGAAGGAUGCACAGAACACUUAUGCUAUGCUUACUACUUUCAAUGAGGUUGACAUGAGCAACAUUAUCGAAAUGCGAAUGAAGUACCAGAAAGACUUCAUGAAGAAACAUGGAACUAAACUUGGUCUAAUGUCUCCUUUUGUGCGAGCAGCUGCCUAUGCCCUCCAAGAAACCCCAGUAGUUAACGCGGUCAUCGAUGAAAAUGAGAUUAUAUACCGCCAUUUCGUUGACAUGUCCAUUGCUGUAGCUACACCUAAAGGAUUAGUAGUACCAGUAUUGCGUAAUGUCGAAUCAAUGAACUACGCCCAGAUUGAAAAGGAAUUAGCAGCACUCGGAGAGAAGGCCAGGGAUAAUAAACUAGCUGUAGAGGAUAUGGAAGGAGGCACAUUUACUAUCUCGAAUGGUGGAGUUUUCGGAUCGGUAUUCGGCACGCCAAUCAUCAACCCACCCCAAAGCGCUAUCCUAGGAAUGCAUGGAAUUUUCGAUAGACCUGUUGCUAUCAAUGGAAAGGUCGAAGUCCGCCCAAUCAUGCAAAUAGCUCUGACAUACGAUCAUCGACUGAUUGACGGCAGAGAGGCGGUGACAUUCCUCAAAAAGAUCAAAUCCGCAGUUGAGGAUCCGCGCACGAUUUUGAUGAAUCUAUAAUUUGCUUUCAUUUGCUUGACUAGACGUUUUAAUAAGUUUUUUUUAGCUUUUACAGGCUAGGAGUAUUGUAAACAUAGCUGUAUUUGAGUAUGUUCUUGUUGUUCGUUCUAACUGAUCUUAGCACUAGGGAUUUUUGAAGACGAGCGAAGUGAUCUAACAUGACUCAUAUUUUUUAUGUUGCAGCAAGUUGGAUUAUAUUCAGUGCACUCCACAAUGCUGUGCUAGUGCAAAGAUUUUCUAUUUUUGUUCAUUUUAUACUACCAUAGGUACCGUGUUUUGUCAUUUGUCUCGGUUGCACUCGUUUCAACGGUGAAUAAAUUUGCCAUCACUAUCUUGCGAAG